AUGUCAAGAGCAAAGAGAGUUAUGAAGGAAUUGCAAGGGAUCAAAGACGAUCCUGAGGCCAAAGUUGACCUGCAACUGGUGAACGAGAACGACAUUCAUCUUUUGAAAGGAUCGUUUCUGGGACCUCCAGGAACACCAUACGAGAACGGUAAGUUUUUGGUAGACAUUGAGGUUCCCAUGGAGUAUCCGUUCAAGCCUCCUAAAAUGAAGUUUGACACCAAAGUCUAUCAUCCUAAUGUGUCUUCAGUGACAGGAGCCAUCUGCCUAGACAUAUUGAAAAAUGCAUGGUCACCAGUAAUAACGUUAAAGUCGGCUCUAAUCUCAUUACAGGCUUUAUUGCAGUCGCCUGAACCAAACGAUCCACAGGACGCCGAAGUUGCCCAGCACUUCAUCAGAAACCGCGAAUCUUUCAAUAGCACAGCUGCCUUUUGGACCAAGACGUACGCUCCCAUGGACUCCGUUUCGAGUGGAGAAACAUCUAUCGAUCAAGCUGCGCUUUACGGAAUUGACCGGACUCUGUUAGACCAAUUCGUGUCGCAAGGCUUCGCAGAGGCCAAGGUAGUUGAAGUCUUAAGGAGACUAGGAAUCAAGUCAAUGGAUGCAAACGACAAUGAAAGCGCCAACAAGAUUCUUGAAGAGCUGCUGCGUUAG